AUGUGGAAAUCAUUGUUCAUACCAGAAGACAUUAUCCGGGCAAUAGGAGAUUUGGGUUUUGAGGAGCCAACUCCUAUUCAGCGGCAAGUUAUUCCUCUUGCUAUUCGUGAUCACGCAGAUAUUUUGGGCUCCGCUCCAACGGGAAGUGGAAAGACCUUAGCCUUUGGCGUCCCUAUCCUAGUCCGUGUUCGAGAGGCAAAACUUAAACUUGCUGUAAAGCACAAUCUUGCACACAAUUCGUACGAGACACAAAUAUCUUCUGGAGCAUUGAAGAAGGCGAAAAAACGCAGGAGGAGCAAUGCAUUUUCUGAAUUGCAAGCGGACUCGUUUCGGGCUAAGAGGAGACAUCAAAAAGCGAUUGAAGAGUUGGCUUUCAUUGAAGAACUUGAUCCGGACACCAUGGAUGUUGUUAAAGUGCAUGACCUGUCAAAAAGGCCAAUUUCUGGGCCCUCGGAAUCUCUUAGUGGCGUAGGACAUCUAAGCAGUGCUGUUCUAGGCUUGGUUAUUCUUCCAACUCGCGAGUUAGCUCUCCAGGUGUCAACAAAUCUACGAGCGCUGGCUAAAUACAUAGGGCCACCUGGAAUCACAAUCGAAGCCAUCGUUGGCGGAAUUUCCGUUCAAAAACAAGAGCGCAUUUUACGGCAGCGUCACCCAGACAUUGUUGUUGCGACUCCUGGGCGUCUGUGGGAAUUCAUUCAACAGGAAAAUGAACUUCUAGCAUCCAUGCCACAAACUCUGUCUGCAGUGGUUUUUGAUGAAGCCGAUCGAUUGGUUGAAUCCCAGCAUUUUGUGGAGUUAAGAUCAAUUUUGCAAUUCCUGAAAAACAAGCCAGCAGAUUUGAAGCGACAAAUUUUUGUCUUCUCAGCCACAUUGGCAUUUGUUCACACUAAUGCUCUCAUGCCUGGCACCCACUCGAACAGGUUUAUAAAAAAGUUUGCAACUGGGAAAAAGAUGGAUAGCCAUGCCAAACUUGGCUUCCUUCGGGACAUGCUAGGUCUGUCAGCCCGUGCCAAGGUUGUUGAUCUUUCCUCUUCUACACCGCCAAAACUGAUUGACGAUGUAGGUGCAUCAGAUAACUCUUCAAAAGCAUCCAACAGCGCCAUUUGCCUUCCCUCCGGACUUGUUGAAUAUCGCCUUUCCUGUCCAAAUCAAGCGGACAAGGAUGUCCUUCUAGUUUGGCUUAUACUUGACGCUCGAUUGUCUAAUAGCGGUCGAGCUCUCAUUUUCCUGAAUAGCAAAUCUGGAGCCCGACGAUUGGCGGGUGUUUUACGCCAAUGUGGUGAGAUAUCACCUCAUCUCUGCGUUCUGCAUGCUGACAUGCUGCAGAAACAGAGGCUCCGUUCUCUGGAACGUUUUCAGGCCAAUGAUGCAGCCGUUAUAGUGGCUACGGAUGUGGCUGCCCGAGGGCUGGAUUUUGCCUCAUGUGAGGUUGCCUGGGUGGUGCAUUUUGAUAUGCCUCGCACCGCCGAAGUCUACAUCCAUAGAUGCGGUCGAACGGCACGGGCGAAUCGGUCGGGACGUAGUGUUGUGAUGCUGGCCCCUGGAGAUGUUCUACGGUGGCGCAAACUGGCUCGCAAUUUGCAUGGUCUCACCAAAGAGGGUGAUGCUCUUCAAUUGCCUGAACUGAAGCCAUCUGCCACCUCUGAAGACGUGACAGAAUUCCGCUCUAUUGUCCGCCUAAUGCGCGAGAUGGAUGAAAUUGAGCAUGGUGCGUCUAAGAAGGCCGCUGAGCGCGAGUGGUUCCUUCGCACUGCUCGUGAAGCUGACAUCGAACUCGAUUCGGAUUUAGGACUUUCGAGCGAUGAUGAAAACGGCGGUGGGAGUUGUAAACGUGUGAGGAAAACGGCAACAAAAACUUUGGGUCCUCUUCGAUCUGAACUGAACGCUAUGCUGGCAUCGUGGCGGCAGCGGCGGGAACAAAGCACAAAGUAUCCCCAGAAGCCUCGUUAUGGGAAGGGAAUAGUCGUUUUUACUCCAGAUGACUCCUUAAAGUCAGGCUGA